CAAUUUUACAUAUUUUUUAAAUAACUGCAUCGUUUUUGUUUUAGUGUUGUUGUUUUUUCUCGUACCGUCGCACAUAAACUACGUCGCCGAUGUCGCAGCGAAUUGAGGUCACAAUAGCGUAGCGGUAGCACGUACCUUCGCCAUUUUCACCGCUCUUUGUGCGCUACCGUUUGCAAAGAGUUUCUGUGUUUUUAACAAGCCAUUUGCUACUUCAGAUUUUAAAUCCAUUGCGAGAAUGCAAGGAAACAGAGGACCCCAGCAGAACCGCGGCCCAAACCGCCUGGGAGAGCAGCUGAAAAGCGAAGGAACAAACAGCAACGGGCAGCAGCCAGAGCCCAGCGAGCAGACCAACCCCAACGAGGCCUUAACCCUGGACCUGCAGAGCUUCAGAAAGCCCGGGGAAAAGACCUUUACCCAGCGGAGCAGGCUGUUUGUAGGUAACUUACCAACAGGUGUUACCGAGGAGGACCUGGAGAAGCUGUUCACCAAGUAUGGAAAAGCCAGCGAGAUAUUUAUUAACAAGGAAAGAGGCUUCGGCUUCAUUAGGCUCGAAACGAGAAUCAUAGCAGAGAUCGCCAGAGCCGAGCUAGAUGAUACUCCCUUCAGAGGCAGGCCCAUACGGGUGAGGUUUGCGACACACGGAGCUGCUUUAACUGUGAAGAAUCUGCCAGAGUUUGUGUCCAACGAGCUCCUGGAGGAGGCCUUCGCAGUCUUUGGCCAGAUAGAAAGAGCUGUGGUCAUAGUGGAUGACCGAGGGAGGCCUACGGGGAAGGGCAUAGUGGAGUUCACCUCAAAGCCAGCUGCAAGAAAGGCUUUGGAUAAGUGCUCUGAUGGUGCUUAUCUUAUGACAGCUUUCCCCCGGCCUGUUACAGUGGAGCCUAUGGAACAGUUUGAUGAAGAGGAGGGACUGCCAGAAAAGUUGGUCAACAAAAACCAGCAGUAUCACAAAGAGCGUGAGCAGCCGCCACGAUUCGCUCAGCCCGGCUCCUUCGAGUAUGAGUAUGCCAUGCGAUGGAAGGCCCUGAUGGAGAUGGAGAAGCAGCAGUAUGAGAUGGUGGACCGCAACAUGAAAGAGGCGCAGGAGAAGCUGGAGGCUGAGAUGGAGGCGGCCAGACACGAGCAUCAGGUGAUGCUGAUGAGGCAGGACCUCCUGAGGCGGCAGGAAGAGCUGCGAAGGAUGGAGGAGCUCCACAAUCAGGAAGUGCAGAAGAGGAAACAAGCCGAGCUCCGACAGGAGGAGGAACGCCGCAGGAGAGAGGAGGAGAUGAGGCUGCGCAAUGAGGAGAUGAUGAAGAGGCAGCAGGAGGGCUUCAGGGGCAACUUCUCUGAGAACAGGGAGCAAGACAUGAGGAUGCAUAUGGGUGGUCAUGGGAUGCCCAUGAACAGAAACUCUCUGGGUGGCAGCUCUGGUCCAGCUGGUACUCCUGGCUUGGCUGCAGAGAAUUCUCCAAUGUUGCCAGGGCCAGGAAACAACAGCAUGCCUGGAGGUGGUCAGGGUGGCUUCCCCAGAGGCCUCCCUGGCCCUGGAGAUUAUGGACCUCCCAAUAAACAACGCAGAUUUUGAAUUGCAAGCUUAAUUUUUUUUUUCCCCACCCCCCCCUUCCUUUUCAUACUCACUGUACUUCUACGUUCGGCUAGUGUUAACUUUUGAACUUGGAAAACUGCAUGUCAUUUUUUUUGUACCUGCCUAUUUGUAUUUUUGAUUUAUUUUUAGUUUUGAAAUGUAAAAACUCCAAAUGAGCCAUGUGUUUUACUUUACUUCUCACAUUAAUGUAUUUUCAUAGGGGUAGAAAGGGCUUUUGUCCUGGUUAUGAUAACUUUUCUGGAAUAAAUUCCUGAUUCCCUAAAUAAAGGCUUUGGUUUAUUCAGAGCAGAAUCACCUCAGCAAGCUCAGGAUUGCACACAAUAGUGACUUUUGUCUGCACAGUAGUGUGGGUAGUAUUGUCACUAACAAAGUAAAGAGUGGUAUUUCUGGCACUCAAUAUUGAUUAUUGGUCACUGAAAUCCUGGGGGGAAACUGCAGCCAUCAAGUGCCUGAUUUAUUAAUUGCCAAAAAGUGAAAUGCAAAUCUCAGCAAUUUAUAGCAAGUAAGUCUUAUCACAGCUUUCAAGCUCCAUAAAAUUGAGUCUUACUGAUAGGUUGCAGUUAAAUAUUAAGCGAGAAACAUGGGCUUUUGCACGGUCGUUUUUCUGCUUUAUUUUGAUAAUUAGGGGGAAAAAAAGGCCUCACACA